CAUGCGCCAGCCGGGUCGCGGUUUGAUGACGUGUCCGGCGGGCUGGGGUUGAUGACGCGCGGUGAUGGGGGACGAGGCGGUCGCCAUGGACUACACGGUGCACGAGGCCUGGAAUGACGCCACUAACAUUUACCUGAUCGCAGUUCUCGUCAGUCUCGGCCUCCUCAUGUACGCCAGAAAGAAUAAAAGGAAGAUCAUGAGAAUAUUUACUGUGCCACCGUCUGCUGGUGCAGCACCUGAGCCCAAUUUUUAUGAUAACCUGCAGAAGGUUCGCUUAAGGCAGCAGUUAGAGAUGUACUACAUUGCACGGAAGUAUGACCAGCAAGGUCAAUCAGACAGCAUACAGCUUUCAAUGGAGUAAGGUGCCCUGACUGCUUAGCAUCAUGAAGUCCUCAUUGAUGUUCAUGCAGAAUUGAUGUUGAAUAUCUACAUAAACUAAAGCCACUUUAACUGAAGGUUGACUUUGUAGAAUGUGAUCAGGAUUGCUGGACGUUUUAAGGCCCUAUUCUUCCAAUGAAACAAAGACCGAUCAACGACAGGGAAACAAAUUCUGUUUCUUAGAUGAAAAAUAAGUGGCCAAAUGUUGACUGCCUUUGGGGAUCUCCAGAUCUCCAGAUUGGCAGUGUGAUAAAUGAGUUACUUUUUUACAAGCGAAUCAUCUCAGUUUACAACUGAUCAGUCAAAAUAACUACAAACAACUUGAAAAUUAUUGAUUUAAUGUGUAUUUAUUUUACAAAUGCGCGAUCAUGGAUUGCAUUAGCAAUAUAAAGCUGAAAGAAAAGGAAACUAAUGUUGGUGUAAUGAUAUUAACUGCUCUGUUUAAUUGCCAGAGUAGAGUGAAACUUUCUACCUGUAAGACUGGAAAAUAUUUGGUGUGUGCAUUGGUAGAAAGCCCUUUAAUAACAAUAAUAAUCCUUGCAUUUAAUAUAGCGCCUUAUAUCAUUGAGACGUCUCAAAGCGCUUCACAGAAUAUACUGUAAAGUGUAUAUUUUGUGGGCUUGUGAUUUGUUCACAUGCACAGCUUGUAAAUGUGCCUUUUAUUCUUUUUUAAAAUGACAGCCAAAAGUUGUCUCGUCUUUCUCAUUUUGCAAGGGACCAAAUUCAUAUUUUUGUAUUGCUCUUUAGCAUCUUAAGAUUGGUGUAAAUGUGCAGUGGAUCCUUCCUCUUAAGUUGUGUGACUUUGCUUUAUGGUUCCUUGGGCCCCUUUCUGUUUUGUAUAAUAUAUCUGAGCUAUCUAGUUUCUCUUUCAAGCAACAUUAGCCUUCAGUUAAAGGAUCGCUCUCUUGUUCAAUGUGUUAAUAUAUCAAUAUCUUUUGUUGAAUUGGCAAACCUUCUAUUACUAUGUGUACAUUUUAUUGAGUAAAGGAAUUCUUCAACCAGAUUUUUUUAAAUAAAUGUUUUGAUUGAAUGCUGGUAAUAGGAUUUCUAUUAUUGGUAAUGACAAGAUUUGCUCUUAGCAAGCUGGCUCCCGAUGCUUCCAAUUGGAUUUUUUAACACAAAUAGAUAGUGUGUGUUUAAGCAAUACUUAGGAUUUUUCAAAAAUGUUUAGAAAUCUUAUUUCCCUGUGUGUGUUUUGGGGAUUUGGUUGCCAAACCUGGAUUGAAAUUGUCAGUGAGCCAGUUCAGCUUGUCAAAACUAAUAAGUUGAUCCUGCCCUCAACAAGAUCAACAACUUGCAUUUAUAGGAUCCCUACCAACCUGCCCGCUCCCUCCAU